AUGACUCGCAAGAACAAAGCCGCCGCUUCAAAGGCCAGGGAGAAGGCCGCCCAGGAGGAUGGUGCUAGAGGAGGGGCCAAGCUGCAGGAUGUGGAGAAGAUGAUGACCGAGCUCAAUAUCAACAAGGGGGAGGAUGGCCAUGGAGGAGAAGCCCAUCUUCACGGCAUUGAGGAGUUGAUGAUUGAGCUGAACAUCAAGAAGGAGGACAUUGACAACAAUAAUCACAACGGCCAUGACCAGAAUUUCGACUGUGGCGAGCUGAAGCAGGAGGUGACUGACCUCAAAAGCACCAAGAAUCCCAAGAAUGGCCUCAAUCUCAAGACGAAGAAGGCGAACAACGAGAACAGCGCCCCAAAGGCGCAGAAGAAGCUGACCAAGAAGGAGGAGGAGGCGACCCUCUUUGAGCGCUGGGACGAGUACUUUGGCAAGAGGGAGCUCGCCGACUGGCAGCGCCUCUGCGGCGACCUGGGUCUGCCCAAGGACUUGCCCAGCAAGACUCAGUGCCGACAGGCCCUGAAGACGGUCCACGUCAACAUCAGACAGUUCCUCCGCGCCGAGAGUCGUCACAAUGAGGUUCUGUUCUUCAAGAACAUCUUCCAGCUUGCGCAAUACACCCGCAAGAACCGCAUGUGGAUGCCCAAGAAGGGCCUUCCUAAGGGCGAUCCCCUUCUCACUCUACGACGCAAGAUUGGCCAGUACCUCUAG